AUGAACUGUAUAUCAGACUUCUUCACCUACGAGACUACCAAGUCGGUGGUUGUGAAGAGCUGGACCAUCGGGAUCAUCAACCGAGCCGUCCAGCUGCUGAUCAUCUCCUACUUUGUGGGGUGGGUUUUCUUGCACGAGAAGGCCUACCAAGUGCGGGACACCGCCAUUGAGUCCUCGGUAGUGACGAAGGUGAAAGGCUUCGGACGCUAUGCCAACAGAGUCAUGGAUGUCUCAGAUUAUGUGACCCCACCCCAGGGCACCUCCGUCUUUGUCAUCAUCACCAAGAUGAUCGUCACUGAAAAUCAAAUGCAAGGAUUCUGUCCAGAGAAUGAGGAGAAGUACCGCUGUGUGUCUGACAGCCAGUGUGGGCCUGAGCGCUUCCCGGGUGGGGGUAUCCUCACUGGCCGCUGUGUGAACUACAGCUCUGUUCUCCGGACCUGUGAGAUCCAGGGCUGGUGCCCCACCGAAGUGGACACCGUGGAGAUGCCUAUCAUGAUGGAAGCGGAGAACUUCACCAUUUUCAUCAAGAACAGCAUCCGUUUCCCUCUCUUCAACUUCGAGAAGGGAAACCUCCUGCCCAACCUGACAGCCAAGGACAUAAAGACAUGCCGCUUCCACCCUGAAAAGGCCCCAUUCUGCCCCAUCUUGAGGGUAGGGGAUGUGGUUAAGUUUGCUGGGCAAGAUUUUGCCAAGCUGGCCCGCACGGGUGGCGUUCUGGGCAUUAAGAUCGGCUGGGUAUGUGAUCUGGACAAGGCCUGGGACCAGUGUAUCCCCAAAUAUUCUUUCACCCGGCUGGAUGGAGUGUCUGAGAAAAGCAGCGUUUCCCCUGGCUACAACUUCAGGUUUGCCAAGUACUACAAGAUGGAGAAUGGCAGCGAGUACCGCACUCUCCUGAAGGCUUUCGGUAUCCGCUUCGACGUGCUGGUGUACGGGAACGCUGGCAAGUUCAAUAUCAUCCCUACCAUCAUCAGCUCCGUGGCUGCCUUCACCUCUGUGGGAGUGGGCACUGUCCUCUGUGACAUCAUCCUGCUCAAUUUCCUCAAAGGGGCUGAUCACUACAAAGCCAGGAAGUUUGAGGAGGUGAACGAGACAACACUGAAGGGCACCGUGUCUGCCAACCCAGUGUUCCCCGGCGACCAGGCCACUGUGGAAAAGCAGUCCACAGACUCGGGGGCCUACUCCAUCGGCCACUAGGGCCUCUUCCCAG